AUGAAACGUAAUAAUCGAGGCAACCCGAUCCAAGUGACCCACCGAUGGAAUCGGCCAUCUUCAUCUUGUUUACCAUGUCGUGUAAAAAAGCGCCGAUGUGAUCGUGCUCAGCCAUGCUCGAACUGCGUGCUGCGAAGCAUUCCAUGCAACUAUGCGGGGCAGAGCCCAGAGAUUCCAGGGCCACAAGGCGUUUCGCAACUCCCCAGAGGAGUGCAUCCUGCAAAAUCAGCGGAAGUCGAUAAGCACAAUGUUGAGGAGCUUCUUCAGCGCAUUCGAAGGCUGGAAGAUGGACUAGCUGACAAACAAGUAUUGUCUCAUCACGCCGACUUAGAACGUCAGGGGGUAUUUAAAAACUUCACAUCCACUUCAAAGGUAGCUCUUGGCUCUCACUUUGUCAAGCCAUUCAAUCAGCAUCCCCCAUCGUACUCAAAUCUAUAUGAGCACACCCAGUAUCCAAGCAUCAUCGAUAUGACUCGCGAGCUUCCUCCACUACGACAGGCAAAUCACCUGUUCGAUAAUUUUGUGAGAGUAUUGCAGCCGACUUUGGGCGUUCUUCAUAUUCCGUCUACUCGUAUCCUGAUGGAACGCACAUAUCAGUGCCUCCUGGAGGGCGAGGAGCCUCCGCCUGCGGACUUGAUGUUAGUUUUCGCCGUGUUCGCUGGAGCUGCACUUGUCUGGACGCCUCAGCUCCUGGAGAAGCUGAACGCCACUCAGUGGGAAGCAAAAUCGGCUUUCAUGGCAUACGCUCGUCUUGCACUGGCUAUCUUGGAUCAUCCUCGUCAAACUCUAAAGUCAUCGACCACGGCUCUUGUUGCCAUUGGCACCAUGGCUCAUCUGCUCAUGAAUACUGAUGGCUUCCCCCUGAAGGUCCAUGUGCUCCGUCAUCGGUGUCUUUUGAUGUCGAAAGAUUUGGGAAUCCAUCGUUUGGAUACGGCCAAGUCUCGAGAGGAGCGCAGGCUCAAGGGCUGUGAUAUGAUUGAAGUCGAGGUUCAAAGACGUAUUUGGUGGUGGAUGGUAGCAUCUGACUGGCUACUUUCUUUUUCCGGUGGGCCUCAAGAAGGUGCAUACACCUUUCAGCCAAAGCAUAUGAAUGUGAAUUUGCCGAGUAACACGGACGAUGAAUACAUUACAAGCACGGAGGUUAAGCAAGAUUUGCCUUUGUCCGAACCCACCAACAUUUCUGCGUUCUUCUUUAGAGUCAAGUCAUCAGAACUUUGCCGUGAAGUUAUUGAUGCAUUGCCGUCUAUCUUGCUGGAUUCACAAGAGCCAACCUACGAUACUAUUCUCCAGCUGGACAAACGGUUUCAUGAUCUCCUCGACAGUGUCCCGACAUUCUUCAAACUGGACCCUGAUAGCAUCCGACAGAGUCAGGCCAUAUGCAAGGAGCGACCUCACAUCACCUGGCAGCGGAUUGGCUUACAUUUCAGUAUCCACACCCGUCUCUGUCGACUUCAUCGUCCAUAUCACCUCGAGGGUGUGACGACCGCCAAGUAUGCCUAUUCGCACUCGGUAUGUAUCCGCUCCGCCCACAAAAUACUUGAGCUGCGACGCACGAUGGACGAGGUGGACUCCGAGGUCGGGCUCAAACCCGCACGAUUCUGGACAGUCAUGCACCAUGUGUUCUUUGCGGCUUUGAUUUUAGCAAUGGACGUCUCUUUCAAUCCCCCAAGCACCGGACGCCCAUGCUCGGAAAGCCAAGCAUCUGGACUUGGCGGAUCACAGACCGUUCAUGCAGGCGAGAGUUCAGGUUUUGUACAGCCCUCCUCCUCGUUGCCUGGGGACAGUGCUCUCGGCUUCGGGCUGAUCAACGACAUGGGCGAGGAAAGUUGGGAAAAUCUCUGGUCUGAGUUUGUGGCUGUGGCCCCUGAUCUUGAAGCGCCACAGUGGAACGCACUACUCGAUGACGUUGAUUUUACCUCUCAGCUCGAUAUUUAUUAG